AUGAACAAAUUUGAAGAUGAAUUAAAAUAUGCAUAAAAAGCAACAAUUAGUGAAUUUCUGUCUUGGUUAUAGAAUGUCAGUUAUGAACUUAUAAAUUAAAAAGAAUACUCAUAUGGAUAAGAAUUUUUAAGAUGUUAACAAAAUGUAUAUGAACUUAUAUUCAAAUAAAAUGGUAUUUUGAACAAUAGUUUUUGUACAACUCAAUAAAGAUAUGGCUCAGUCGAAGAUACAUUUUUCUUCAUAAAAUUAUUGAAUAUUCUUUCUCCAAAUGAAAUGUCAUUUUAUUAAUCAUUACCCUCUGAACAUCCUUAUUUUCCUGUUUAAAUAGAUGUGUUACCAGCACAUAUUUAACUAUAUUUUAAGGACCCAUCUAUUGCUAAUAUGAAUUAAUAAUUUUAAACAUUUUAAGAUAUAUUUUAAGAGAAUAUUUUAGUUGAAAAAAAAUAACUAAAAUUUUGUGUUAGUGCAAAAAUGAUGUUUUGGAUUUAUUUAUUAAAUGGCGCCAUUAAUUUUAAAGAUAGUGCUUUAUAUGUUACAGAUAAUAAUUAAAAAUUAUUAGAUUGUGCGUUUAAUAAAUUCAAAAAAAAAUUUAACACAAAGGAUUCCUUAUUGAAAUAACUUACUUCAAAUCCAUAUUUAGUUAUUGUUAGAAGAAUUUUAGAAUAUAUGUAUACAAAAAUUAGAUAAAAUAAUCAAAUCUUAAGCCAUUCAAACAAAUAAUUAGCAAUAUUUACUUUUCAAUAGAUGAUUAUUCUAUUAUAAGAAUAUUCAUUAUAUGAACACUUGUUCGUUACUAAAUUAUUUGAAUUAAAUUUAACUAUCGAUUAAUAGAAAUUAUUAUACAAAAUUAAGCCAAGUAGCAUUGUUUUGGAUACGCAAAUUAUGUUAAUUUAUUUAACAAUUUAUUUUAAUUCAUUGUAUGGAUCUGAUUUAGAAACGAUUUAUUAGUAAUUCAAACCAUUUUUAAAAAAUUCUGAUAUUUUUAUUAAGAAUAGUUAAUUUAUAUAUUAAAAUAGAAGUUUUUUUUUUGAAUGUGGAAGAUAAAAAUAAUAAAUAACUUACUAGUAAGGGUUAUAUAAGUUUUUUUAAUAUUCUUUUGAAACUUAUCCAAAUGAGAGAUAAUGUAAUUAAAUUACUUUAUAUUCACAUAUAGCAACUUAUGUGAUAUUUCUAAGAUGGUAAUUUGUAAAAUAUGAAACAUGCAUUUAUAAUUAAGUUUUAAUGUUUGAUUAAGCACUCUAAUCUUGUGUUGCAUCCUAGAAUGUAAUUUUGAGCCAAAUUUAAAAAAAAAGAGAUAUUUCCUAUAAAAUUUAUAAUCCAUUAACAAAAUUUAUUAUAAAUGAAUUAUAUCCUAUUUAUUAAUUGUUUAAAAAUAAAUUUGGAGAUUAUCCUUAAGCUAUUUUAUUUAAAGAAUUCAAACCAAAUAUGUUAGAAUAAAGAUUUAGUAUAUAUGAAAGUUAAAUGGAUUAUCAUUCUAGAGAAUCAGAAGCAUAAAGAAAUUAAAUGAAAAAUUCUAUAAGACUCUAUUAUCCUUUUUAUACAAAAUUACUAAUUACUAUUUUUUAAUGUUUAAACAAUUUGAACUAUAUUAAUGAUUCAGAAUAUUAAGGAUUGAUCGAUUUGUUUUCAUUUUUAUACUCUAAUGAUUAAAAUUCAAUCUUUUGUGAUUCAUUAAAGUUUUUAAAUUAGAAACCAUUUUAAAUACCAGCUUAUUCUGAAGUUAAAAAUUUUUGUGACAUUUAUGUAAAAAAUAAUAAUGAAGAAGAAUUCUUAAUUAAAUAAAAUGAAAAUAUUCAUAAUUAUGUGUUUUAAACAAUAAAAUUAUUGAAGUCAUAUCAAUAAAAGAAAAAUCUAAAAAAUGAUAAAAUUAUAGAAUAUUUAAGUUAAUAAUUUAAUAUUUAAACAGCAAAAAUAAAUGUAAUUCCAAUAAAAAAUAUGAGUCCUUAGAAAAACAUAGGACGAUUAUCGAAAUCUAGAAUGUAAAUAUUUAAUAUAUAUAAUUAGUAUAAUUAAUGAAUGGAAGGCUCCCUUAAGAGAUUUCGAAAUUUAUGUUUUUUUUAUUAUUAUGUGGUAUUUGAGUUUAGGAUUUGAUAAAUUAAAAGGAAUUCCUUAAAGUGAUUUUCCAUAGACUCAAUGGCCUAGAAAAUUUGCAUCACCAAUCAAUUUAUUUAUAGUAUCUAUCAUCAUCUAUGGUCUUUUAACAAUCCUUUUCAGGUUCAUUUGA